GAAUGAAAAACCUCCACAAGUAGGUUUGUACUCUGUAGAUACAGCAGCAGUGGAAGGUGAUUUCUUCAGGUUGACAUGAAGGCAUUCCAGAUGCUGUUUGUGCUCCUCCUGGCUGCUGCAGCCGAGGGCCAGUCGCUGCACUUCGGAAAGUGCCCCCGUCCUCCGGUUCAACAGGACUUCAACGUUGCCAAGUACAUGGGAACCUGGUAUGAGAUAGAGAAGCUCCCCGCUCUGUUUGAAAAAGGAAAAUGUAACCAAGCCACAUACAGUCUGCUGAGCGAUGGGACCGUCAAAGUUCACAACGCAGAGCUGCUGUCUAACGGGAAGAUGAAUUCAAUUGAGGGUGUGGCCAAAGUUAAAAACACAACCCAACCUGCUAUUCUGGGUGUGAGCUUCUUCAAAGGAGUUCCAGACAGCCCCUACUGGGUGCUCUCCACCGACUACCAGUCGUAUUCUCUGGUGUACUCCUGUACUGAUCACUACGGAACGUUCCACAUCGACUUCGCUUGGAUCCUGGCUCGCACUCGGCUGUUGAAUAAGGAAGUCGUCAGUCAGUUACAUGAUGAGUUGGUUUCUGCUGGGGUCAACAUAAACAAACUUUUAGUCAGCGAUCAGGCUGGAUGUGAGCGAAGCAAAGCCAAGAUAAAUGAAAGACCCAUCAUUGGAAUACUGGCCCAAAAGAGUCGUUACCUUCCUCCAAAUUCGGCAGGUUACAUCGCCUCCUCCUAUGUAAAGUUCCUGGAGUCGGGGGGAGCGAGGGUUGUCCCUAUCAUGGUUAACCGGGAAGCAGAGGAGUAUAAAAGACUGUUCAACUCAAUUAAUGGGAUCCUUCUCCCCGGUGGAUCUGCGAACAUUACGUCCUCUGGUUAUCAAAGAGCUUCAAAAAUCUUUUAUGAACUUGCUAUUGAGGCAAACAAGAGAGGCGACUACUUUCCGGUGUGGGGGACCUGUCUCGGAUAUGAGCAGCUGACCGUUUUGACGAGUGGAGAGAAUCUACUGACACGUACCAAUACGAGUGGCGUGGCAUUACCCCUGCUCUUUACUAAAGAAGCAAAGCAGAGCCGGAUGUUUAAAAGCUUUCCGGCUGAACUCAUGGAAGCUCUGGCGUCCGAGCCACUGACGGAAAACUCUCACAAAUGGAGUGUGUCAGUGUUGUCUCAAAACACAAAUAAGGAUCUGAAAAACUUUUACAAAGUUCUCUCUACAAAUACGGAUGGAGAAAUAGAGUUUGUGUCAACAGUGGAAGCAUACGAUUACCCGAUCUAUGGGACACAGUGGCACCCGGAGAAGAAUGCAUUUGAAUGGAGGAAGCCUUAUAUUUCCCAUUCUCCAUCAGCAGUGAUGAGCACAUUCUACAUGGCUCAAUUCUUUGUCAAUGAAGCAAGAAAUAACUUUCACACAUUUGAAUCCGAGGAGGAAGAGAGGAGUGCGCUGAUUUAUAAUUACAAUCCGGUUCACUCUGCGCCCAAAAGUGGCUUUGAGCAGAAGUACAUUUUCUGAUGUUUGUGUGCGUGGUGCUUUUCCUUUGUGUUAUCUGUGUGGAUCAUUGAAUUGAUUGAUUUUGCAUUUGCUGCUCAUUCCAUUGAAUUGAGUGUGCUUCAAAUAUUUUUGUAACAAAAAUUGUCACAAACAAAUGUCAUUGUAUAGUAUGUCACAAAAAGUCAUAAAACGUAACAGUGUGUUCACAUUUAUGAAAAGAUUCACAGUUGAAUAAGUCAAUAAAUAUUAAAAAGUUCAAAUA